AAUAAUAAUAAUAAUAAUAAUAAUAAUAAUAAUAAUAAUAAUAAUAAUAAUAAUAAUAAUAAUGAUUUAAUAAGUGGAAAGGAUGGAAACGAAGUUAACUGCACAAAUAAUGCGGCGCUACUCAUGCAGAUGAUAACAAUGGAUGAACCCUUACAACGCAACGCUAUUCUUUAUGAGUGGAGUGAUGAACAUGAUGAUUUGUAUGUUCAGUUUACGGAAAAAGAACUUGAAAUCAUAGAGAAGGAAAAAGAACGUGAGGCAGCAGCGGCAGCAGAAAACAAUGCGAUACUCCAACAAACAGCUAAUAGUUUUCGUGAUCAACCUAUUACUAUGAUUGAGAUUCGAAAAGGAAAUCAAUCCGCUGGAUUCAUGCAGGCUUUUCGUCAGGCCCAACAAAAACGACAACAACUACGUGAUCGUGGUGGAACUUUUGAUUUUUCAUCAUACUUUACAACUGCUGUAGUUCCUCAACGAUUAUUAGAUCUUCAGGAGGAUGAUCGUUGUCGUUUUGAGCUCGCGGAUAUAAAAGCCGCCUUUGAAGAUGAUAUGCGGGAUAUGCAUGAGAUGGAAACUGUAGUGGUGUAUGAGAAUGAAGAACGAGAGGUGGACACGAAUGGACGACGACGUUGGCGACCACAUCUUACAUUUCCCUUUGAUGAUGAAAAUGGAGAAGUUGUGGAUAUCACCACUCUGAAUGCCACUGCCACUAUUAGAAAAGGAAAUACAACAACAACCUCAUUAGGGGGAAUUACUUCACCUACUACUAUGACUACACCAACACCAACAACAAUAACAACAACAACAACAACAGCAGCAGCAGCAGUCUCUACAGGAUGGCGAUGGGCUAAUCUCAAUACAGAUGGAAACUCAUCAUCACUACCGAGUGGAUCGAGACUGGCGAGGAGAGAAUUACAUCCUUGGCGUGUGGGUGAAUGGCUGUACGCAACCCGUUGGCCCACAAGGGAAGAAGAGCAGCAGGGCACAUUUGAGUGGAAAACAUCUAUGGAUGGUGUGGAGGCUAAAGUGCGCCGACGUCGAUUAUCACGUGAUCGCAUAAAUCUCACUAUGGAAGCCGCAAAAGAGCAGCGGCGUCAGGAGUAUCUGAAGAAAUUGGAAGAAGUGCGUAUGGAAUUAGGCCUAUAG